UUUCUCUCCACUUCAGUAUUCGCAUAAUUCAAUUUCAAUGACCCUAUUGUACUCUCCUUGAAACCGGAAAACAGAAUAGUUGGCAGAGGAAUACCUUCCAAUUUUUUUUAAAGUUUUCUUCAAAGAAAGAUUUAUCUUUAUUGGCAUUUCUGUUAUUUCAAAUUUUUAUUUAUUUACGGAAAAAUAUCUGAUUGAAUUAAUCGGACGUUUGGUGAGAAAUGAACGAACCAGAUUUUUCCAAUUAAUGCAACCAGAAUUUCAGUUAUGCAACCAGAAUUUCUAUUAAUUUAACCAGAUUCUGAUAGAUUCAGCCAGUAUUUUCUGGUAGAAAAUGAACGAACCAGAUUUGUUUUUAGUGCAAAAGUUCAAAACAAGGUACUAAUUUAAAGUACUUGAAAUAAAAUACCAAUUUUCAAUCUCAGAAUGCAUUCUGCCUGGAAUUUCUAUUAGUCGCAGGAAGUUUAAUAUUAUUCAAGCGGGAGGAAAAAAGCAAGAAAAAAUGAGGCAGAAAUAAAAAGCUGUUUACGAAUGGAGUAAUUAUUCGUGCGUGGCUGCGGAAGGGUAGUUAUCAGAUCGGCGUGUCGGUUUCCUCGCGCGCCCUCCGCCGACUAAUCGGGGUUAUCCCACUGCCCCUGUUCCAACAGUGUUUCACUACCCCUUCCACGAUCCUUCUUGACCGCCCUCGUGUACUUGUCGGUCCGCCUGAGUCUCGUGAUCUGCAGUGCUGCCACCAAUUGCUUCCUUCGAAAAUCAGAAACGUCAUGCGCGGGGGGAUGUAGGGGGUGAGUUUACAGUGGCACGUUGCAAUCGAAGAUAGCGUGUUCACGCGAAUGGAUUCAAUCGCCACGGUGUCUAGACUUCCCACGUUCACCACUUAAGCCUUUCUCGUUAACCUCCUUAUUAAUUAAUUUUCCAACUGCGUCAUUCACGAUCAUGUCAAUCGGUUUAUGUAACGGCGGACUGGUUUAUCGAUGAUCAAGCGUGCUUUCAGCACACUUCGGUAGGUGAAGUCGCGGUCGUGAUAUAACGUCGGUGUAUAACGAAAUUUCUCUCCUUUCGAUCAAAUCGCGUCAUCCCUAUGUCGAUGGCAGUACCGCGCCAGUCUCGCUUAUUUUUUCACGCCGAUCAGCCUCCACCCCCUGUCACGCUCGAUGCGCGGAAAACUCUCGCCGCCACCCCUUUCCCAAUUUUUCGUAUACUGUUGCAUCGUGCUUCAUACAUAACGCGGUGCUGCCAUCGCGCGGCAGAUGCGAGGGGGCGUGAUCACACAGGGAUGCGAGAGGAUGCGAAGGGUGCAUCGCAUCGCGUUAAAGUGAGUCGGCGUGAUCGCGGGACGGAAGUAGGAUCGCGUCUCAGCAUCAGUUGUCGCGCGCGCCACCCCUCCCGGUGGCGGUCAUGUAGGGCUACUCUCUUGAUCAACCCGGUGCUUUCCUUCCCCUCGCUUCUUACCCCACGAACGCGCGUCUCUCAACGAGCACCACCCCUCCCGAAAAUUGGAUGAGUGGCGUGUGCGAGCCAGGGUGAAAGAGAGACCGACAGAUCGAGUCAGUAGUGACGCGUGCAUGAGGCCGGGCAAGCCGGCGUGCCGGGUUCCGUCCCGGCUACGCGGCGGCACUUCCUCGGGCCCUUCGUCGUCGUCAUUCUCGCCGCGUUCGCAGAGACGCGUGCGACGGACCGGUGAUCGUAGAAUCGAGAGGUACAACAGAAGGCGUGAGUCGGAGUCGCCGAGACCGAGAGCGUGCUGCAGCAGGUGCGCGGAAUCCGUCGGCAGGGGCAGUCACGGUGAGAUCGGAGAGGUGGAGUCAUCGCGGGCGGCGAUCAUCGCGGGUUUGAAUGGGUGGGCCGGGCGCCGGUAGGGUUACCAGGCACGAGCUGAACGCGGUGCCCCAGAGCCACGUCGGUCACGGGGAACGUGUCCUUGGCGAGCCGCCAGCACCAGGCUGCCGUUGUCAUCCUCCGGAGCGAUCGUCCGGCAGCGCCGUCCGCCACUCCUCCGCCCAGCAGCAGCAGCAGCAGCAUCAGCAGCAGCUGCCACCCUCGCCGCCGCCGCUCAUCUCGCUGCACCUCGGCACCGGCAACGGCACUGCCUGCGCCGUCAUCAGCGGCAAUAACAACCCCGCGAUCACCAUGAAUCCGAGCGACGGUAAAGCCAAGAAGGCGGGCACCAUGUCCUCGCCGCCGAAACAUCGCCGGGGCUUCGACCCCAACGACCCGGUGGAAUUUCACCGCUAUAAUCGUCGCGUUAAGACGAAGCAGCGAGGCUUUGUAUGUCCCACAUCGUGUGACCUUCGGCGACGGACACAGACCUCCCCGAGAUCCCUCGACACAUCCACCAGCACAAGGCAUUAUAAAACACACACAAGCUUGCGAUGUUCGAUGUUGGACCGCUUACUGACUGUACCCCCGCCGCUGCAACGCGACGAAAGUAUGAUCACGUGAUAAUAAAAAAAAAAAUGAUACGUAUUACCCUCUGAAAAUAAAUCCAGCGAAAUCCUUUCCGAAGCACCUUUAUAUUAUUAGCAUGAUAAUAUCGUAUUAAGGAGCGAUAUAAGUAGUGGAUCCAGUAUGUGAAAUAUAGUAUACGAAUAUGUAAAAUAAGUGAACCGAUGUAAGUACAGAUAAUAUAGAAGCGACAUAUGAAAUAAUAGAGAUCAUAUAUAAAGUAUGGGAUAUGCAAAAUAAUGCAAUCGAUUUAUAGUAUAGAGUUAUAGAGCGGUAAUACUGGGUGUCAACCUAACUUAUACUGUCCCUUUUAUCCAUAUAUAUGUUAUUUGAUUGAUAUACAAAAAAGGAGAAAUACCUAAGUCAAAUGUAUAUUUUACGGAUAAAAUAUCGAGAUAAUGUGAAAUUAAUAAAUUUUAAAUCGCUCAUCGUGCCUUGAUCGGAGCUUGGAAUGCGCUGCCAUGGAAUGGAAUGAAGGGAUUUACACCUUGAGCGAAAGAGCUUUCACGCACUGCCAGGUUAUCAAUGUCUUGGUGCGAAUGCUGCGUUUCGCAGCGGACGACCGUCGUGGAAUGUUUUGCUCGGUGUAUUAACUCCGAAAGAGAUUGGCUUCUGCUUGGAAGAUAUACGAGGGAAAAACACGAGGAAAAAUAAAAUGAGCGCUCUUGCCAACCACCUGCCACCCCUUUGUUUAUUGCUCGUGCUACGAAAAUAUCUUGCCACCCCUUAGUAAAUUUUAUGUUUCAGCUAUAGUUUGCCAGCGUGUUCGAAACACCGAUAAUUCGUUAAUUUAAUAUUGAAGAAUCAAGUAUAUAAAGAUGCAAUAAAUAUACCGUAUUUGUAAAAUAUUUUUCAUGCUUUUGGCCAUUUGAGAUUCGAGCCAAUGUUACAAAAGUACUCUCUUUGGACAAUUGCUUCUUCAAUUAUUCUGGUUUUAUCAAUUUGAAGGCAUCAGUGAUGCGUUAUUCGUCCCGAGCAAUACCUUUGCACUGCGAGAACGCGCAUGCAUGGUCCCAUCGAAAGUUUGCACGUGAGAUAUGAAAAGAUGACGUUGGUGCGAGUAAUUAUUUGCGCGAGUGUGCUUUGCAAAAUCACAUAAAGUUAAUGCAAAUUUAAGGAUUGUAUGGUAAGAAUGAGACGAAGACACAAGAGAACGUAUUACAAACUCUACCUUGAAUAUCGGCUUAACCCUUUAUGUUCUCGCGAUACAUACAUGUAUUUAAAAAAUGUAUGUAAUUUUGUUUAAG